ACUUUGAUCUUUUGUUCUUUUUUUUGUUUUCACGUAUUUUGAAACAUGGCUGCGGUAGCCGGACUUUAUGGUCUUGGUGAAGACCGACAGCACAGAAGAAAACAGCAAAACCAAAAACAGCAAGAACAAGCAAGAAAAGAGGAUAACGUAACUCAAAAGGUUUCAAAAAUAGACAGCAAGGAUUUAAUUCAUACACCUGAUGGGUCUCUACCUAAAUUAAGCAGUCAGGAUGAAGAAGGGGGAGCUGGUCCAGGUUUUAAUGUAGGCCCAGUAGCUUUUGAACCUAUUCCCCAUGACCAUGAUUUUUGUGAAAGGGUAGUAAUAAAUGUUAGCGGACUUAGAUUUGAAACUCAAUUGCGAACACUCAAUCAGUUUCCAGAUACAUUAUUAGGCGAUCCAGCACGACGACUGCGUUAUUUUGAUCCCCUCCGAAAUGAAUACUUUUUCGAUAGAAAUCGACCAAGUUUUGAUGCGAUCUUAUAUUAUUAUCAAAGCGGUAGUGGUCGAUUAAGGAGGCCAGUAAACGUCCCAUUAGAUGUAUUUAGUGAAGAAAUUAAAUUCUACGAAUUAGGUGAACAAGCUAUUAAUAAAUUUAGGGAAGAUGAAGGAUUUAUUAAAGAAGAGGAAAGACCUUUACCAGACAACGAAAAUCAAAGAAAAGUAUGGCUACUCUUCGAAUAUCCGGAAAGUUCUCAAGCAGCCAGAGUUGUAGCUAUAAUUAGUGUAUUUGUUAUUUUAUUAUCAAUUGUUAUAUUUUGCUUAGAAACAUUACCUGAGUUCAAGCAUUAUAAGGUUUUCAAUACUACCACGAAUGGCACAAAAAUUGAAGAAGAUGAAGUGCCCGAUAUUACUGAUCCUUUCUUCCUAAUAGAAACUCUUUGUAUUAUAUGGUUCACUUUCGAGCUAAGUGUCAGGUUCCUCGCAUGCCCGAAUAAAUUAAAUUUUUUUAGAGACGUUAUGAACAUAAUAGACAUAAUCGCCAUUAUUCCUUAUUUUAUUACCUUAGCUACAGUGGUCGCCGAAGAGGAAGAUACGUUAAAUCUUCCAAAAGCACCUGUUAGUCCCCAGGAUAAGUCAUCGAAUCAGGCUAUGUCCUUAGCAAUUCUAAGAGUAAUACGAUUAGUUCGAGUUUUCCGAAUAUUCAAAUUAUCUAGGCAUUCGAAAGGCCUGCAAAUUUUAGGACGUACAUUGAAGGCAUCAAUGCGAGAGCUAGGAUUAUUGAUUUUUUUUUUAUUCAUAGGCGUUGUUCUAUUUUCAUCUGCCGUAUACUUUGCUGAAGCAGGAAGUGAAAAUUCGUUUUUUAAAUCUAUACCGGAUGCUUUCUGGUGGGCGGUAGUAACAAUGACUACAGUAGGAUACGGAGAUAUGACUCCGGUUGGUGUAUGGGGUAAGAUUGUGGGAUCAUUGUGUGCAAUUGCUGGUGUGCUUACAAUUGCUCUGCCUGUUCCCGUUAUUGUCAGUAACUUUAAUUACUUUUAUCACAGAGAAACUGAUCAAGAAGAAAUGCAAAGUCAAAAUUUCAAUCAUGUUACAAGUUGUCCAUACUUGCCAGGAACAUUAGGUCAACAUUUAAAAAAAUCAUCAUUAUCUGAAUCCUCAUCGGACAUAAUGGAUUUAGAUGAUGGUGUAGAUUCAGCACCAGGUUUAAUAGAUCACCCUGGUCACCCAGUUCCGUUUUUAGGAACACAUAAUAUAUCUGUAGAUAAACAAAAUCAGCAUAAUGGAUUCACACAGCCAGUAGGGAACCUGCAGUUGCGGCACAACAGCGCUUUAGCAGUUAGUAUUGAAACGGAUGUUUGACUACUAGUGAAAAGGAUAUGUAGAGCUAUAUUUUGGCCAUGCGAUUUACUUCGCUGGGUAUCAAUACCACCAAAGUAUGUAUGACGCUAGCGUCGAAGUUUUCAUAACAAAGUAUCUAAUCCAAAUUCUUAGGAAAUGUUGUAGUUAAACAUUUUAUAAAAACAACUUGGGAUAAUUUAGGAUUUAGGUUAUUUUUGUAAAUUUACCAGCGUAAAAAUAUUAGCAUUAAUAGAUCAGCAAGUCUGUUUACGUGUACAGCAUUCUUCUUCUUUUUAAUUAACUAAGUCUUAGUUUUAUUUUUAAGGAUUUUGUACAAUUAUUAUAAUAUGAAUCAAUUGUAAGAAAAAUAGUAGCUAAUUUUUAAGUUUAGAUAUUUAUUUAAUUAAAAAUAAAAAAUUAGAAAAUAAACAAUCUAAAAAUUAAAAAGAAUUAAAAUGAGCAAGAGAGAGAAUGUUAAAUAAAUAAAAGACAAAAAAAUAAAAACAUUUGAAUAUUAGGUACUAAAUUUUUAGUUAUACAUAGUUUAAUGUAAAAUAUAGGUAAAGUAAAAACCAAAUUAUUACUACCAAAUAAUUUUAUUUUUUCAAUCGCAGAAUAUGUUGCGUUUUAAUGUUUGUUUUAUUUUUCAAAUAAAGACGUAUUUUAAAGCGAUUUAAUAAA